AUGGCGGCUGCUAACGAGGACGGACCCGAGCUCAUGAUCCACAAAAACAACCAGUCCUGCAUCAAAAUGACCAAGAAUCCGGUCAACCACGGUGGGUGGCCGGUCAUCAUUACCAGUAUUGUCGCCGGUCACAAGAUUGACGCCCACACGGCCUUUCUACGUAUGUAA